ACAUGUUUCUCUUUGAGAUUCGUGCAAAGUUUGUAACUUUGAUCUCCUCUGCUUGUUGGGUAGAUAGCAAAACGGAAAAACAAGAAGCUUCAAGUACUACAACAGUACAACUCUUCAUUCUUCCCUGCAUUGAGGUUAGUACUGUGCUGUGCUGCUUCAUGUUUGUCUCUAUUCAAGUUGAUUUAGAUGAAGAAUGAUUCAAGUUAAUUUGGUUUUAUAUGGGUAAUCGGAGAUUGCUUUUGUUGUUGGGGGUACUUGCUGUUAUUUAUUUACUGUUUCAGUCAAUCUUGGUUCCAUAUGGAAAUGGAAGAGCCCCAUGGUCUUCACAAAAGCAUUUUCCUAAUUGGAAUCAUAUCAAAGGCAAUGCUUCAGAAUUUUCUGAAUCUUCUGGUUUCAAUGCAAUGGGGAAAAAAGUGCAUACACCACCAAUUAUGGGAGAUGAAACUGAGAAGGGUAAUUGGAUGAAUGGAAUGCACAGCAAUGAGAAGAGGGUUUUAGUCUCUGUGAGAAACAGGUCUAAUUAUGUUUCUGAACUUGAGGCAAAUAGAAACCGUGUUCAUAGUUUACCAGAGAAGAUAGGAAAAAGUUUUGGUUCCAAGAAAAGUUUUAUAGAAGAGGAUGGUAAGGUGGACUUUUCAGUGAAACAAAAUGUGGAGAAAAAAGGGAGAAUUUCUACAAUUUCUCAGAUGGUGAAAAAUCAAAAUAUGGAUUCAAGGGAACAACAUGAUAGAGCUGGUGUUGGUACCCCAGACAGAGUAACUCCAUCUACUAAUCUGAGCCAUCCUGAAAAUUCUCCCCAGAAAAAUGGGCAUUUUGCCUCAAAUAUCAGUAAUGCAGUUAGUGUGACUAGAAGAAAGAUGAGGUGUCUGAUGCCACCCAAGUCAAGAACAUUAAUAGAUGAGAUGAAUCGUAUACUAGUUCGCCGCCGUGCUUCUUCUCGUGCAAUGAGACCACGGUGGUCAUCCAAACUUGACCUGGAAAUUCUUGCUGCAAGGUCUGAGAUUGAGCAUGCUCCUAUGAUAACACAUGACAAAGAACUUUAUGCUCCUCUCUUUCGCAAUCUUUCUAUGUUCAAAAGGAGCUAUGAACUCAUGGAACGCACUCUCAAGGUUUACAUAUACAAGGAAGGAAAUAAACCCAUCUUUCAUCAACCUAUACUUAGGGGACUAUAUGCCUCAGAGGGUUGGUUUAUGAAAUUGAUGGAGGAAAAUAAGCAUUUUGUUGUGAAGGAUCCUGCAAAAGCUCACCUGUUUUAUAUGCCAUUUAGUUCACGUAUGUUACAGCACUCCCUUUAUGUUCGUAACUCUCAUAAUCGGACAAAUCUCCGUCAGUAUUUGAAGGACUAUACAGAUACAAUUUCAGCAAAAUAUAGAUACUUUAACCGAACUGGUGGUGCAGACCAUUUUCUUGCUGCUUGCCAUGAUUGGGCUCCAUAUGAAACAAGGCACCACAUGGAAUACUGCAUAAAGGCCCUCUGCAUUGCUGAUGUAACUCAAGGCUUUAAGAUCGGAAGGGACGUUUCUCUUCCGGAAGCUCAUGUCCGGUCAGCAAAAAACCCUCAGAGAGAUAUAGGAGGAAAGCCUCCUCAUGAAAGAUUCAUUCUUGCUUUCUAUGCCGGAAGCAUGCAUGGUUAUUUGCGUCCCAUACUACUUAAGCACUGGAAGGACAAAGACCCUGACAUGAAGAUAUUUGGCCCAAUGCCUCCUGGUGUUGCAAGCAAAAUGAGCUACAUGCAGCACAUGAAGACUAGCAAGUACUGCAUAUGCCCUAAAGGGUAUGAGGUCAAUAGUCCAAGGAUUGUUGAAGCCAUGUUUUACGAGUGUGUGCCAGUGAUAAUAUCUGACAACUUUGUGCCACCUUUUUUUGAGGUUUUAAAUUGGGAUGCGUUCUCAAUAAUCCUUGCAGAGAAAGAUAUUCCCAACUUGAGAAACAUUCUUCUUUCAGUGCCUGAAGAGAAGUAUCUGAAGUUGCAACUUGGGGUCAGAAGGGUUCAGAAGCAUUUUUUGUGGCAUAAAAAUCCCUUGAAGCAUGACCUCUUCCACAUGACCCUUCACUCAAUUUGGUAUAAUAGAGUGUUUCAAAUCAAAGUGAGAAAAUAAUGCAUGAGUCUUCUGAACUAGAAAGCAGAAGCACAUAUUGACAAAGAGCAUAUGAACAGAAACCAAGACUUAACCAUGCGAGACACAACUGCUGAAGCUGUAGAGGGAGCUUUUGAUUAUGAGAACUUGAGAAAGAACAUGGUUGGACUAGUAAUUUGAAUUCACUGUCCUAGUUUGUUGCGAGUCCCGAAUGUAUCAAAAAGAAAAUGUUAUCGGAUCAUGUUACAUCUUAGUAAUCUUACUCUUCAUUUUCAUUGAUUAUAAAUGAGUGGGACUUCAUCACA